GCACACUUGAAUCAUCCAGUCCACCCACGGGUCGUCCUCGCCCAUGGUGUACUUCAGAUAUCACAUGCAAAUAUGUCUGGAGGGUCUGGAAGAGUGCAGCUUUGUCAUGCUUGUCUGGUAUGACUCUUAAAUCUGUGAUGCGUGAGCGGGAAAAGGGCCUCUUGCCUGUCAUGCAAAAACGCAGUUUGUGACGCGAAAAACGAAAAACACAGCAGCGCAAAAACUUGUCAUGCUGGGCUGCAUAUUGCAGUGCGCCCACAAUUCGUAGAUUUGCAUCACAAGUUUCCAGACCCAGACAUAUUUGCAAUGCAUAUCAGAAUCGCAAACACCAGCGGUUGGUAUUCGCCCAUAAACCACUCGGCCUUCUGGGCGAGGCUCCCGAAGGUUGCAUUCUGGAUCUUGUCAAUCACGUACUGAGUCGGAUCAUCGUGAGUCGAAAAAACAACCGCAGUGUGCAUGAUGAUUUCCGCGAUUUUGGUCACAUCCAUUCCGGAGGAAAGAUCGUAAUUUGGGUCCGAUUCACUCAUCCGGGUCUGCAGGCGUUUCUGCUGCCGAGCGGUGUACAACAUUUUGUGGGAGACACGACCAAGAGUGGAAAACGAAGCAACCAAAGCAGUGCUGUUGCUGUUCUUCUGCUCUUCGCCGUCGUCCAGAUGAACAGAGUCAAGAGCCACGCCAUCUUCAGUUGUUGUAUCCCCAAUAGCACGGCUGGUUUUCUUGCGUCUAGAAGUCACCAUCGCAGCUGCGCCUGCGGCCUUCUUCAUCUGCAGCAGGUUCUGCUUUGGAAGAGCUGCCCCAUGAUCUUCUGCCCUGCGAUCCAAAGCUGCACGACCAGAGCCGCUGCUGCGCAACUUGUUCUUCUGCCCAUUUUUCGUCACGAGGGUCGUGGAAUGCGCUUCGACUGUCUGGUGGAGAUGAAACAGCUGCAAGUAUUACCGUGAAAAAUGCCCCCACCCCCAAAGUUGCAAUAAUUUGUGAUGCGAAGUUUCCAAAUGAAAACUUUUUGUCAUGCAUGAAAGGAAUAUGAAUCUUUGCGAUGCAGAGUCUAGGCGUAUAUAGCAUUGCUUGCAUGACAGGCGCCGCUCUUGCUGGGAUCUGUUGCAAUACAAAUUUUCGCUAUUCACGAUUGGAAAUCUGUGAUGCUGCUAGAUGCAAGAGGGCGAGUGUUUCUGUUGGAAAGGUUUGCAAUACAAAUGCUCCCAAGUUCGGGGCUGGGGGCGUUUUUCAUUGUGAUAGCAAGGUGGACAGCGCCAGGGGAAGCGCAGCCACGCGGGCUGCGAUCAAGACAUCGAGCGAAGGGAAAGGGAAAGGCGAACCCAAGGCCAAAAAACCAGCAACGAAAAAAUGGUACACGAGCCGGAGCACCAGGGGCUUCUUUGAGCAGAUCAUGAAGUUAUCCUCGGGCAACGUUGCGGACCCCACCGACAACAAAGCGCAGGUAGCGUUGGAAAUGAUUGCUGCGCACGAGAGAUCUUGUAACACUGGUCUGAAUUCCAAUUCUGACAGGGGCCUGGCAGGAAGGCAUCGUCGCUGCUUGAGCGCGCCUAUCAUGUGA